CUGACCGUUAGAGGCCUUGGGCAGCAGUACAAGAUGAGAUCCAUCGAAACCAGCGCUUUGUGCACAAUCACACGGAGCUUCAGUGCUCUCAACCAUCACGAAAUCACGAAUUGGAAUCGUGCCCUAGCUGAAUGCUAUUGCAUUUUGACCAAUCCUUCUGCUGAUAGCGCAUGGAAAAUCGCCAAAACCGUCCUGUUCGCAGAAUUCUCGGCGGCAAGAACUCUAUGGGACACGAGCAUCUCCAACGCCGUAUGCAACAUCGAGAAUAUCUUGGGCAAAGGAAGCGAAGUUUGGGCUAUCCUAGAACGCAUCGAAGAGCUAUCCAAGGUCGCUACCAAAAUCGAUUUGGUCCGAUUGGAAGUCAUAUCAUUCCAGCACAAGCUCUCACUGGCAGGCCCGGAGGUGACCAAAUUAAGGCAGUUAUUUGUUGAUGUACAAGCGAAAGUUGACAAGGCUUCGGAAGGGACCGUGAAACCGUUCAGUGCCUUCAACUAUUUGAUCAAAGACAGAGGCCCUCAAGCAUACUCGAUCUCAACACAAUGGGACAUGGAACAGCCUUACUUGGAGAACCACAUGCUACCUCUCGUUACAAGGCUUUCCAACUCCAUCGCUCAGAUACGCCCACUACUCAAAGAGUUAAUUGGUUACACCGACGACCUUGUUGCCGAUUUGAAACGCUAUAAUACCUUAAUUCCCGACUUGCUCGAAUUGACCUACUGCAGUGAUGCAAGCUAUUCGGUGUCGGAAUGGAUAGCAGAAUUUCCAAAAGAUACUAUCUUGCAAACAACCGCUCAUCUGAUAGAAAUGCGUACAACAACGAAGCCUGACCUCGUGUUCGUCGGUCGCGCUGAUACAAAUAAGUGGCCCGUCAACCGUGUAAACUGGUAUGAUAACGGGCGUCGCUAUUUUCGAAAGAAUUCCGGCUUCGAAUCGGUCUACACGGAAGGCGAGCAAUGGGUCAAAGGAGGUUGUACAGGAGAUUAUCCCUGGUAUUUUGUCCGUGUCUCAUGCAACCCCAAACCCGUCACGCGCCAGGCCGUCUCCCUGCCCCAGACUUGGUCUGAGCCCCCGCAUGUCCUCGUGGGCUUCCGAACGAUUGACUGCGGAGUAAACGACAGUCUCCGGGCGAGCUGCUAUGCUCAAAACAUUGACAAUCAAGGAUUCGACAUCGUGAUGGACUACUGGCUCGCGUCGACCGAACUGAAGCAAAUGGAAGUCUUUUAUAUGGCCAUCCCUCGAACAGAUAGAGAUAUCCAGAGCUCCCCGACGGCGGUCGGUGCGUCCUCAGAUUGGCACCACUCGGGCGACCUGGAAGAAAGAAGCUCUCGCCGGGAAAUAGUCUUCGACAGAGAGUACUCCAAGAAGCCGACGGUGCUCGUCUGGAUGAGCAUCAUCGACUCCUCCAAGGACACGACCCACCGUUUCGAGGUCCUGGCCGAGGAUGUCACCACGCGAGGAUUCACGAUGCGUUUCCGCACCUGGCUCGGGAGCCAAUUCUUCGGCUACGCCGCGAGCUGGGUCGCUUUCAGCGCUGAUAGGGCGGAUAUUGAGCACCACACGUUCCAUCCUGGCGAGGGUCCUAGGUGGUGUCACUUUUACGGGCUGACCAAGCUGGACAUGAGUAAUCAGAGGCCUACGAAGAUUUGGAUGAAGUUGGACGAUGUGAAAACCCCGGUCGUGAAAACAUGGGAUGACUCGACGCUGUAUGAUGCGCAGUACGUGGGGAUUCGAAUGCAGGGACACGAUAUCUGGCCAUAG